UUUGAGUUGAUGGUUGUGUUUGUGUGUUGCAAUCACUGGUAGAUAAUCGAUUAAACAAAGGCUAAGAAAAAAGUUUAGCUGCAGUAUUUUGCUUGUAUAUGAAGUUUUCGAUUACCGAACUGAAACUUGGGAAACAAGUGUGGUGUUGCAUUGUAAAAUUAUACGAAACGAGCAUUUAGUUUUUAUCGCAAACCCGUUAACCAAUUCAAUGGAAUUAGCACAACUUUAAAUUAUACUGGAUGUAACUGCUGUUAACAUAUGAAUUGAGAUAUUACAGAUCACACGAAAAAAAUCAACAUGGGAAACAAUGCAACAUCUACAAAUAAAAAAGUUGAUGCUGCAGAAAGUGUAAAAGAAUUUUUGGAUUUAGCUAAAGAGGAUUUCGAAGAAAAAUGGAAAAGAAACCCAACGAAUACAGCUGCAUUAGAUGACUUUGAGCGCAUUAAAACUCUCGGAACGGGAUCUUUUGGAAGAGUAAUGAUAGUACAACACAAAUCAACCAAAGAUUAUUACGCUAUGAAAAUUUUAGAUAAACAAAAAGUUGUUAAACUUAAGCAAGUUGAGCAUACUCUAAAUGAAAAAAGAAUAUUGCAAGCAAUUUCAUUUCCAUUUUUGGUUAGUUUAAAAUUUCAUUUCAAAGACAACUCAAAUCUUUAUAUGGUACUGGAAUAUGUUCCUGGGGGAGAAAUGUUUUCGCACUUACGUAAAGUUGGCAGAUUUUCGGAACCACACUCAAGAUUUUAUGCAGCACAAAUUGUACUUGCAUUUGAAUAUCUUCAUUACUUGGACUUGAUAUAUCGCGAUUUAAAACCAGAAAACCUUUUGAUUGACUCUCAAGGAUACCUAAAGGUAACUGAUUUUGGCUUUGCAAAGCGCGUGAAAGGAAGAACAUGGACUCUUUGUGGCACUCCUGAAUAUUUGGCUCCAGAAAUAAUUUUAAGUAAAGGAUACAACAAGGCCGUUGACUGGUGGGCACUAGGAGUUCUAGUGUAUGAGAUGGCAGCAGGAUAUCCACCUUUUUUUGCAGACCAACCAAUACAGAUUUAUGAAAAAAUCGUAUCAGGGAAGGUGCGUUUUCCAUCUCAUUUUGGUUCAGAACUAAAGGAUCUUUUAAGGAAUCUUCUACAAGUAGACCUUACGAAACGUUAUGGCAAUCUUAAAGCGGGUGUAAAUGACAUCAAAGGUCACCGAUGGUUUGCAUCUACAGACUGGAUUGCAGUUUUUCAAAAAAAAAUUGAAGCUCCGUUUAUACCUCGUUGUAAAGGUCCUGGAGAUACUAGUAACUUCGAUGAUUAUGAAGAAGAAACUUUAAGGAUCUCAGGUACUGAAAAAUGCGCAAAAGAAUUUGCUGAAUUUUAAUCAGAAAACUAGAGCAAAAUGCAAUCAGUGAAACAGUAAUAAUUAAUAUUUAUUGACGAAUAAGAGAGGAUUAGGCAGCAGAUUACAACCUUCCCAUUCAAUUGCUGAUUAGUCCCCGAUCCAGUACAAAGAAAAAUAUCAUUUGAACAUGAGAAACUAUCACAUUGAGCUGCUGUUACCAUGUUUAUUCUUAUGCUGAUGCCACGAUAGUACUGGAUAGUCUCGAGAAACAGAAAUAUUCCGGGAUAGCGGCGAAGCGUUGCUUUUCGAUGGAAAUGCGUUUUUUUAUUAUAAAAAGUUAGCUAUACAAUAUAUUUCAAUCUAGUUCGCCAAGUCGGAAUAAAUAUAACGUAUAACAAAAUGCAUAUAAAAUAUUACAAAAUAUAACUAUUGUAAGAGAAGUUGCACUAUUCUUUUAUGCUAGUAUAUUGAAUAAAUAAUCACUUCAAAAUAAUAUUUCAGCAUAAUAUAUAAAAUAAACAAAUUUUAUACACCAUAUUAUCGAUGGCAAUGUAGAAGAUUUUCAUUUUAAAAACAUUUAUAAGGUUAGGUUAAAUAUCACAAAUGUGCUGUUUUGUUCAUUACUACGGUUAGUUGUAUAUACUUUU